UCGAGUUUUAUUUUGAAGGUCAAAAUAGAAAGUGGAGAAAUUGACAACUUCCUAAAAUGGCGCGUUUCAGUGGCAGAGUUUCGUUUUGGAGAAAAUUAACCCGAUAUCCAGCUGAACUAAACCAUUAGAAGUUUUCUCUGUGUGUUUAAACCUGGAACCGGCUUAAAUAUUAACUUAGGGAUAAUCUUUUCUUCUUCGCCAUUAGCUUUCAAAGCUAGCGGAGUUAGCUUAGCCUGCUAUCUGGGCCUUUUGUGUGUAAAAACAGUUUGUGUCAUUGUGUGAAAAUGCCUAAAGUCCAAAUUCUGAGAGCGUUACUGAAGCAGAGACUACCUGCAGGUGAUGAAGAAGAGAUAUUUGAGCUGUUUGAAAGAACAACAGCAGAAUACGAGGAGGAACUUUGUGGUUUAAAAGAGGAGAACGAACGACAAAGAAAACUACUGGAUGCUGUUUUUAACUCUGACGACAAAACAGAUGUGCAGCAUCUGCUGGUAAAAGAAACAGAGGUUCCUUUUGAGAAACAGCCAUGGGCAUGUAAUCUGGACCAAGACGACCCACAACUCCUUCACAUCAAAAAGGAAGAGGAGGAACUUUGGACCUGUGAGGAACAACAGCAUCUUCAAAUGCUGGAUGCUAAUUCCUCCAUAUACGCAAACGAUGAUGUGAAACCUCAGUCCUCACUUUGUCAUCAGCUCCAAAGUGAGGAGAACAGGGAGGCUGAGCCUCUUGCCAGAAACUCAGCUGAACAGAUAAAAACUGAAGAUAAUAAAGAGGCCUGGGGGGGAUCAGAACCAGAGGGCAGGUUAGAUCAAGACAGUUAUUUACACCCACAUAUUGAUGAGAUGAUUUCACACUCUGCUACAGAUGAAAUUGAUGUUGACUGGAAAGAGACCAAGGACCUUAGUUCAGGUAUAAUGUCAGUGAAAAAUGAGAUUGUCCCUGUUUGUGAUAACACAUAUAAUGCUGGUGUGAAACCACUUAACCCUGAGUGUGAUCAAAGGGUUGUUUGUAAGAGUAAUGUGAUGCCACACAUGUCAAUUCAUACAGGAGAGAAAGUGUUUCCCUGUUCCGGUUGUAACGAAAGAUUUAAUCAAAACAGCAGUCUGAAAACACAUAUUAUUGUUCAUACAGGAAAGAAAACAUUUAAGUGUUCUGAGUGUGGAAAAGCAUUUAGUCUAAAGGGUGAUUUGAAGAGACAUAUGAUCAGCCAUACAGGAAAGAAACCAUUUAAUUGUCCUGAGUGUGGAAAAGCAUUUGGCCUGAAGGGCAAUCUGAAGAACCACAUGGUUAUUCAUACAGGAAUUAAAUCAUUUAGCUGCUCUGAAUGUGGGAAAGCAUUUAGCCAAAAGACUCAUUUAGAGACUCAUAUGAUGACCCAUACAGGAAUCAAGAAACCAUUUAGCUGUUCCGAGUGUGGAAAAACAUUUAACCAAAGCCGCAGUUUGAAGACCCAUAUGCUAAUUCAUACAGGAGAAAGACCCUUUUGCUGUUCGGUGUGUGGAAAGACAUUUAAUCAAAACAGCAACCUGACAACACAUCUGCGAAUUCAUACAGGUGAAAGACCCUUUAGUUGUUCUGAGUGUGGAAAAACAUUUAACAACAACAGCAUUUUGAAAACCCAUAUGCUAAUUCAUACAGGAGAAAAAUCCAUUAGCUGUUCUGAGUGCCCAAAAACAUUUAACACAAACGGCAAUCUGAAAACUCAUAUGCUAAUUCAUAAAGGAAAUAAACCUUUUAAUUGUUCUGAUUGUGGAAAAGCAUUUGGUCUGAAGGGUAAUUUGAAAAGGCAUAUGACCUCCCAUACGGGAGAAAAACCAUUUAGCUGUUCUGAUUGUGGGAAAACAUUUCGCCAAAAGCGCCAUUUGAAGACACAUAUGAUAGUCCAUACAAGGACUAGACAGAAAACAAUUUAUUAGUCAAUAAAUCCAAAGUUUUUUAUGUUGAUCAAUCAACUAAUUGGAUGCCCAAUGCAACGACUGAUCAAGUGAUUGUAAUUGGAUGUUCAGUUUUUGCUGGAUGUAUUUUUAUUAUCCUAUUGAAAGAUAAAGACAUUGAUGCAGUCUUUUCAAAGUAACUUCACUGAAUGAUUCUUCCUUAAUUUAUAUAGCACUUUCCAGAAGUCAAAGCACUGAUCAAAAUAAACACUAAGAAGAAAACUGCAGAUAAAAUCUCAAAAGUGAGACCUUACCCAUUUGAAGUGCCUUGAGGCAGCUUUGUUGUGAUUUGGUGCUAUAUAAAUAUAUUUAAUUAAAUUGAAAAGCUAAU